AUGAUUCCAAUAUAAAAAUUAGCUUCCUUAUUGAUUCGUACAUUCUCAAAACCUUUGUCGAAUUAAAUCAAGAGAUACGCAUUGAAUAAGCAUAGAUCUAGAAAGCCAAGUCUUAUUAAAACUGGCUUUGUGUUCCUAGGAAACAAAUACCAUAAUUUUGAAACCUUUUUGAAUCGAAAAUCUAUUGGAAUGAAAAGCUAAGAAAUGUUUUUUAAACCUUUGACUGAUGAAGCAGCCUUAAUUAAAGGUAAUAUUUGAGUAAUUGUAGGUUCUGACUUAUUUGCAGAUAUAUUUGUGUAUGCUUGUGUUUUAGGAAUUCCUUUGUUAGAAUUAUACAGAUCUCAGAGAGAUUCGACCAAGAAAUCAUAAGAUUAAGAUGCUGCUCUUUAAAAUUAUCAAACUGUAAAUAUAUAGUCUAAAUAGAGUAAAUAGAUAAUCUGAAAUAAUUGAAUGAGCAAUUCUAAAUUGAAUAUAACAGAAUUGUGGCAGAAAAUUAAUAUAUUGAGUAAUCUCUAAAACACUUUGAGAAAGAUAUUGAUGAUCAAGUCCAGCAUAUAUAAAAACAAUUAUAAUUUUGA